GUUGGCAAAAGUAGCUUAGGAGUUUGUUCUGCUUCCCACCUGAUGUUAUCAUGACAUAGAAAAAGAUGGUAUGAAUGGUAUCUGCACCUUAAUCAAACUACCAUUUAAUUUUGGCACUCAAGGGGUGAAAUGAAAUGGAUGAAGAAAGACUUUACUGACUUGUUCUCUCUGGUAUUAACUCAUGUUCAGAGGCGAAGGAUAGUGGGAGCUGUUCAUUAACUCGAUGGGGAUGUCGAUGGAGGAAAGAAAAUACCUCCCUAAAGAUGGACCAGAUGCAGGGGAAGUAGCGAUGGUACUGAUGCAUAGUCCGACGACACCGCCAGCAUGUAGAAGGUCUUGGUCCAUCAGUGAAGAGUCACUGAGGAGGUACGUGCAUUUCGCGAGCGAGAGCUGCAUACAAGAAUUGUUAUCAGCCUCCACCUCCGGCUCCGACCUUCCCACCAACAGCGGCGAGGAAGAGUGGAAGGUUAUCAGCAGCCUGCAGAACAUCCAUGGUGGAGUGGAGAUCUCCAAACGCAGGGGUGCUGGUGGGUCUUCGUUUCCUGCCUUCCGCAGCCGGUGUCUCCUGAAAUCGGUCUCGCCUCAACAGUUCACCUCUGUUGCCAAUGCUAUUGAUGCUGCCAGGCAAUGGGACACGGAUCUAGUGGAAGCAAGGUACAUAAAAGAAAUGGACGACAACCUGAGCAUAGUCCAAUUGAGGUACGGGGACAAGUCGAGGCAGCCACUGUUCAGGAACAGGGAGUUCGUGGUCUACGAGAGGAGGGAGACAAUGGAAGACGGGACGCUGGUUGUAGCAGUCGCGUCACUCCCCAAGGAGAUGGCGGAAGGAUUGCCCUGUCACGACUACAACAACAGCAGCAGGGCGAAGAAGACGAAGAGCAACGCGAUCAGAGGGCUGGUGCUGCACUCGGGCUGGGUGGUGGAGAAGCUCCAGCACGACUCAUCCUGCUGCAUGGUCACGUACGUUGUCCAGCUCGAUCCAGGAGGUGCUGGAUGGCUUCCUAAGUGCUUCGUCAACCGGCUCAACACCAAGCUGGUCAUGGUCGUCGACAGGCUCCGUUUCAUCGCCCAGUCACUUCCUCAAAUUCCUAACUCGCUGUUGCCAGACCAUCAUCACGAACAGGAGUGAAGAAGUAGAAUCGUGUUGUGGGUCGGUCGAUCGAUCAAUCGAAUUGAUCUGCCUUGUCUGUGUAUGGUUCUUUUUAGCAGUAUACAUAAAGCUUUAAGGUUGCAGUUGGUUACAGGGCGAUAAUCAAGUACACUUCUUUUUAGUAACAUGGUGGAGAUAUGUUGUUGCGAAAGGCGGCCGUCGUUAUCAGGACAGCACAGGCCACUGGAGCAUUGAUUAAGAUCAUCAUGAGUAACCAGCUCAUCAAAUGGCCGGGCACCAACCAAUUUGCAGAGCAUGGAAUGAAAGGGACUAUGAACUUGUGUGGCCCAGUUUCCCACUGUUACUUGGUUUUGACGGCACCCACUCAACCGAAUCCUUUUUCCUAUUCCGGGUAUCUUGUUCCCCAAUCAACGUCGAAUUGAAUGGUCCUUGACACAACAAUAUCUUCUGGCCAGUUGAUACUUUCCCGAACUAAGAAAGUCUACAGGAACAGAGUACUCUGCAUAUAAACAGAGUAACACAGUACCCUGCAUAUAAACAGAGUAAAUAGUAUAACAUUCAUAAUUCAAACAAUUCGAGCUACCAACACUUAAUAGACACUAGCUAAUUCUGAUCAGAAUGGUAAUCCAAGUGAUAAAUCAUUAAAUUAUUAACCAUGUCAUAUUCCAAUGAUCCAUUCAGUAUUUCAACAAUCUUACACAGUGGCGGACCCAGGAUUGUCGGAGAGGUGUGUCGCCGAUAAAAUAUAAUAAUAAUUAAAUUAAAAAUUAAGUAAAAAUUAAAAGAAAUUAAUUCAUAAAGUUCACAAUGUCAUGUUUACAACGAACCGCGACGACUUUUCAUCUGCUGAAAUGUCUCUAAAAUACAUUCAUCACUUAUGCUGCAAAGCAAAUCUUUUUCAAUAUACACAACUAAACAAUCAUUCAUAAAUUGGUCACUAAACCGAUUUCGAAGAUCGUUCUUGAUUAUCUUCAUAGCUGAAAAUGCUCUUUCACAGCUUGCAGUUGCCACAGGUAAGGUCAACACCAACUUUAACAGCAAGUAAACUAAAGGAUAAAGAGUGUCCUUUCCCCUUUCCACCAAUUUCCUAGCUAGCUCGUCGAUUCCUCGCAAUCCAUCAAAGCUCUUAUCCUCCUUGACAUGAGAAAUGUAGCCCCCCAAUUGUUGAUGAAGUCAUGAGAGCACAUUGGAUGGAAACUCCUCGGGAUAAAACUCAAUAAGACUCAUCAACUUUGCUUUAUCAAAAGAAGCAAAAGAGUUACCUGGACUAAAACAAGAAAUGCAGUCCAACAAUCGAGUGUUCACCUCACCAAAUCGAGUAUUCAAUUCUUGCAACUGCAAAUCUAUAACUGCAUAGAAUAAAUCGACUUGAUAGUAAUGCAAGUUUGUAGGCUGAUGAGGGGUGCUACGGGGGAACAGGGGAUUAUAUUUUUUGCGACUUGCGAGCGAGAGAAGAGGGAAUAGGGGGAAUAAUGGGGAUGGGUCGCUGGGGCUUGGGAUACGGACAGGGAAAUGGCAAUUGGGCCAUUAAUUUGGGGAUUGAGCCAUUAAUUGGAUUGGGAGGGAAUGAAUAAUAAUGGGAGGAGGUGGCCGAUUGGGCUAUUGCCCAUUUGACCUAUGAUUUUUUUUUCUCUAUUUAAUUAUAGGCCCAGACCCAACACUAUAUUGUAUGAGUUGAGAGUGUUUUUUUUUAUAUGAAGGAUAGGAUUAUACUUUAGGAGUUAUUUUAAACAAAAUUAAAAAGGAUUAUGAUUAAGAUUGAUUCAUUUGGAUAAUAAUAUCUUCUAGUAUAAUGAAGGUAUGUCGGCUAU